AUGCCGCCCCCGCCCCCGACGCCACCCCCACCCCCGACGCCACCCCCACCCCCGACGCCACCCCCGACGCCACCCCCGACGCCACCCCUACCCCCGUCGCUAACCCCUACCACCAUCGGGCAGUGGCUUGCUCACCUCAACCCUAACUCAUUGCACAUCACGUCAGUCACAGUGGAGCAGCCGAACAGUGUAAAUAUGAAUCCCUCUUGCAGCAUUGACGAAUACAUUCAAUCAUUUAUGCAAGAGAUAGACGGUAUAACGGACAACGCAGUUCAACAGACUCCAAUCACAAACAGUACUAGUGGUAGUAGUAUUAGUAGUAGUAGUAUGAAGAAAAGGAAGAGUUCCCCGGCUAAGACCAAGGUGGAAAAGUCAGGAUGGGUAACGAAGCCGCCAGCAGAUUGUCCCAUAGUAUCAUGGAUGGAUAAAGGUAAUAUGUAUGCAGUGCAAAAUCCAGCAAACAAAGGAAGUGUUUUAUUGAAAAUGGAAGUGUAUGAAGGUGUCAACAUGAAGUUCAUGUGCGGUUUAUAUUUGGACAAAGACAAAGCAGUGCAAGAGAGUGUUAAUGAAGCAAUUGAAAAGAUCGAAAACAUGUGGGUUGAUAAAACAACUGGUGCUCCGAAACUCACGGGAUUAACUCAAACUGUUACACAAUGCAAAAGUGGCGAGCUAGAUGUAAAACCGAAGAAACGUGUGGUACGUAAAAAGCAAUAG